UAGACAACUGGUAAUUUCUGAACGGAACAAUAAUAAACCGGAAAUAGAAUUUCCCUUGACAGCAAUCUGACAUCAAUUCAAACGAACGUCAAAUCGACCAAACAAAACAAUCGUUCGUUGCUAAAAAUAAUAACUUACUACUUAUUUGUUCGAAAUGUCCGACAAAAUCAAAUCAUUGCCUCCCCCAACUUCUAAAACAUUGAAAGCAAAACGCCCCUCAACAGUCAGCGCCGCUACUACGUCUUCUCGCGGAAAAAUACCAACAACAUCAGCAAAGGACAAAAAUACUAUUUCGCGGCCUAAAGUUAGUAAAAAUACAACUGUGAUCGGUGAUGGCGAUGUUACAAUAUGUAAACCAGAAGCUUCAUUGCCUGAUUUUGAUGCUGAGCAGCGGCAAAUAGCAUAUGGGAAAUUUAUGCGCGCUAUGCUAGAAGACUGUCUCGUUGACGAAAAAAUUGAGCGCGAGGAAACCCAGAUAGAUAUUCAGAUGGCCCAGUUGGCAGACAGGUUUCAGAAAACUAUAGAACAGUUGGACAAAACCAAUAAAAGGCUGAAGAAUAUAUCAUUUGUUGUUGAAAAGAAAAGAUUAAUAGACCUCAAGAACAGAGACGUCUCUCAAUUCUACGACAUGACAGAAACCUCAAAGGUUGAAGAGAUUCUUACAAAUCUAAUGACAACUGAGCAAGCAUGCCUUGAUAAAUUGGAGACCAAAAACAUAGACUUUGGCUACGAUAAAAACAGUGGCCAUAGACAACUACUUGAUGCCGUCAAUGAUGCUAUAGAGGGUUUGGAACAGAUUAAAAAGCAUUCAAAGUUGGACAUAGACAAAUUUAAGGAGUACGAGAAAUCUCAACAGACAUUGGUGCAAUUGGAGAAGGAUAGGUUUGAUCUGGAUAGUUUGAAAGCAGAGUUUGAUGUGAAAUUCCCGAAUUUCAGUGAGAAACUGAUGAAGGAGGUGUCGGAGAAGAUCGCCGGGAUCACAAAUGAUGAUGAUGAAGAUUGAUAGAUGUGUUUAAUUUUUAUAUGUUUAUGUUUAAUAUAGUUGUAAAUAAAUGUUUUAUCUUUAA